AUGUGCCUCUCUUUUCUUUGCCGUCAUACCAAAAUCAGUCCCCGUGAGCUCUGGGAGUCGGUCUACAAAGAAUCCUCGAGCUAUCGGAUAUAUGGUGGCGAGCUGAAUGGGCUUUUGUAUUGUGUCAACUACUAUGAUAUGCAAGAAAGGAGUGGGCAGUGUUUUGAAUAUGCUCUAUGGCGCCACUCGCCACCGCCAAACAGCCCUCCUGAUCUUCCACCAGCAAGAUGGUACGAUCCAGAGAGUAUGGAAGAUACAAAAUGGUUACUGGCUAGGCCUACUCGGCUCCCAACUCCCAAAGCUCUACAGACAAGAACAGUGGCCGCCUCAACGUUGAGAUACCGGAAAGUGUUCGAUACCAACGAAUUAUUUGACAUUAUUCUCAAUUACAUUGUUGAAAUACCCGCAGAUAUCAUAAAGGAUGAGCUGCGCCCUUCUCAAGAAGUAUUCGAAGCUCCUUCUGCCAUUAUUGCUGCGCAAACUCUUCUUUCUUUGGCCCAGGUGGAUCGUUGGUUCUACGAUGCAAUCAUUCAUAAACGACAAAGUUUCUUUUUACGCGCCAUACGCAACUUUGGGUGGAUGUUGCCAUUCACACCAGCAGAUUGGAGUGAUAAUAGCUGGGUCUCGGAAAUUCUUGCCGACACAACGUCCUCAAAGCAAGCGGACAUUGACUGGCGGAGUUAUAUGCUUACCUGCGUGAAAAAAGACCUUCCGAGUGUCAGGAAUCGAUGGAGAUUUCACAGAAUGGCCAUUCAAUUUGCGCGCGGAACGAAUAGAUACAAAAGCAAGGAGCAUCCCGAUUGGUUCUGGAACGCGGGUAAUCUCGGUUUUAUAACAAGUUUGGAUAAACCAGAACCUAAUGCCUGGGAGCUUUAUACGGUAUAUGCCAACCCUGAGUGA